UGAACUUAAGAAUAAUCUUCGGCUUCGACAUCCAUGUUUUUUGUCAAGAGAAAAGACAGAUCACAUCAGUGCGAAGAAAUGGGAUCUGAUCGUGGGAUCAUGGACCGAGUAUCCUAUGCUCAUCCCUUGACGUUUGGCUCGUCUUUGAACAACCAGUGUUUCCCCUUCAAAGACGCUCUGAAAAAUCCCCAGAAUGACCCAGAGCAAGUCAACUGUCAACGGUACAUCGGAGGCUUUUCCUACCUGUCCUACCAUGGGAACUUCAGUGUGCAUGACCUCUCCUCGGAACCUGCAUUCAUCCACAGACGUAACGAGAGAGAGCGGCAGAGAGUCCGCUGUGUCAAUGAGGGAUAUGCCAGACUCCGCGAACAUUUGCCACAGGAAUUUGAGGAUAAGAGACUCAGCAAGGUAGAGACACUGCGGGCGGCCAUAAGCUACAUUAAACACCUGCAGGACCUUCUGGAGCUCAGUCUUUCUUAGGGAAUGUCAGGGCAGAGGAACUCUUGUGUGAGAUCUGGGACACUGUAUGCUUGCCAUUUAAUUAUUCAUUGUUUUGUUACUUUUAAUGUGAUGAAGCUUGAACAAAUGUAAUGCGUCCCAGAUGAUACACUCUUUAACCAAUGUCUUUGUUUGCAUACUUGAUUCUGAAAAUGUUCAUGAUUUCCUUUCAGGAGCAUGCACAGGUACGCUCUUAGAAAAAAAGGGUAUAGCGUUCUUUACUCAACUCCAAAGGACAUUUUAUGCUAAAAAAGGUUCUAUA